AUGACCAGCCGCUCCAAUGAAUUCAGCAGCCUCAGCAGCAGCUCUCUCUCGUCUUGGCAGGCAUCAUGGAACCAGAACAGGGGGAGCUCGGUGGUGACAUCCUCUGAACACGAUGGCUGCAGCAGCCCUGGUGGUCCAGCCAGCAGAAGCUUCAGCACCUCGAGUCUUGGUGGAUACACGUCUUCCUCUUGCCCAUCCGUCUUCAUCAACGAGAAGUUCUUGACGCCGCUGCGCCUAGACGUGGACCCCGUGUUCCGGGAGAGGAGGAAGCAGGAGAAAGAGGAGAUGAAAAUCCUCAAUGACCAAUUCGCAUCCUUAAUCGGGAAGGUCCAACGCCUGGAGCAGCAGAACAAGAUUCUCACGAUCAGGUGGAGCUUCCUGAGAGAUCAGGACAAUUCCCGUUCCGAGUCAGACAUCAAACUCCUCUACGACCAGUACAUGAGCAAACUGAAGCAAGAGAUGAGGGCUGUCGGCCACGAGAGAGAACAGCUGGAGUCCGAGUUGACUGAGGUGUUGAAGUCCAUGGAUAACAUCCGAAGCAGAUACGAGGAUGAAAUACAUAAACGGAGUGGCAUGGAAUUCACCUUCGUGGAGCUGAAAAGGGAUUUAGACGCUGGUUCCAUGCAUAGAACUGAGCUGGAGGUAAAACUGCACGGGCUUCAAGAGUUGAUGGAGUUAAAGAAAGCCGUAUACGAGCAGGAGCUUCAGGAGCUGCUGGCAGAAAUCAAGGACAUCUCCGUCGUCCUGGGGAUCGAUAACAGAUGCAACCUUGACCUGAGCCGCAUCGUGGAGGAAGUGAGGGCGCAGUAUGAAGCCCUGGCUUUCAGGAGCUGGGAGGAGGCAGAAGCCUUUACCUGGAGCAAGCUGAACGAAGGAACCACCCACUCCGCCACAUACAGGGACCAGCUCUUCAGCGGCCGGCGGGAGAUCGCGGAGCUGACCAUACACAUUCAGAAGCUGAGGACCUGCAUCGUGUCCCUGAAGAGUCAGUGCCUGCGUUUGGAAGAGGACAUCAAAGAGGCCGGGGGGGACGGCCAGCUUGCCCUCCGGGAUGCUGAAGCCAAGCUGGCCGAGCUGGAGGAAGCCCUGCAGAAAGGCAAGGAGGACAUGGCUGGCUUGGUGAAGGAGUAUCACGAGCUGAUGAACAUCAAGCUGGCCCUGGACGUGGAGAUCCUCACCUACAGGAAGCUGGUGGAAGGCGAGGAGAGCAGCAUGGAGUCCCCGACAUGCCCUGUCGUCAGCAGCAUCCACUCCAGCCCUAGGCACUUUUCAUCCAUCUCCAGCUUCUCGGGGUCUUCCCAGCUGGCUUCUCGAGCGAGGGGCAAUUCUACCUACGGAGUGACCCGAAAUGGAGCGGUGGCAGAGGCCGUCCUCACCAGGAGCCAGAGCAGCGGCUCAGCAAGUCGGGAUGCAGACGAAUGGCCCAGUGGGGCACGUCCGAAGCAUCGCUUGCUGUCCGAUGAAGAACACCGCCGUGUGGAGUCGAUCCCUGCGGAAUAGAUGCCAGAUGCAUUGGCAACUGUGCCUGAAGAAGGCCAGAAUGCCUCCUCCUGAAGCCCAAUUCUUGCCAACGUCUGCGGGGCCAAGAAUGGGAAUCAACCUCAAACCAGUUCUUGACGCCUUCCCAACUCCACUACUGGUUAGAAGUGGGACCCCCAUCCUGGCAGAACUUUCUUUGAAUGUGCCCAA